GCUGCGUGCGAGCAGACGCUGCCAGCUCGGUUUCUGCCUGGCAUUCGGGUCCCAGGAGCAGGGGGCCCGGGGCGCCGGUGUCACCACAGCUGCCGCCGCCGCCUCCUCCCUCUCGAGCUCACCUGCGCCUGUUAGUCCACUCGCCUUCAAGGCCAGUGGCUCCAGCCCAGGCGUAGAGCGGACAGCAGAGGGAGAGCGCACCUGAGGAUACAGGCGGGCACUGCACUGCCUUUUCACCCCCCCCCAGGUGAUGAGUGAGAUUGGAAGAACGCAGGAUUUGAAAAGCGAACGUGGUGAAUGAAAGACCCCGGGGUACAGGCACCACCAUGAACACGAGCAUUCCUUAUCAGCAGAAUCCUUACAAUCCACGGGGCAGCUCCAAUGUCAUCCAGUGCUACCGAUGUGGAGAUACCUGCAAAGGGGAAGUGGUUCGUGUCCACAAUAACCACUUCCACAUCCAAUGCUUCACCUGUCAAGUGUGUGGCUGUGGCCUGGCCCAGUCAGGCUUCUUCUUCAAGAACCAGGAGUACAUCUGCACACAGGACUACCAGCAACUCUAUGGUACCCGCUGUGAUAGCUGCCGGGACUUCAUCACAGGAGAGGUCAUCUCUGCCUUGGGCCGCACCUACCACCCCAAGUGCUUUGUGUGCAGCCUGUGCAGGAAACCUUUCCCCAUUGGAGACAAGGUGACCUUCAGUGGGAAAGAAUGUGUGUGCCAGACGUGUUCCCAGUCCAUGACCAGCAGUAAGCCCAUCAAGAUCCGUGGACCAAGCCACUGUGCCGGCUGCAAGGAAGAGAUCAAGCAUGGCCAGUCGCUGCUGGCCCUGGACAAGCAGUGGCACGUCAGCUGCUUUAAGUGCCAGACCUGCAGUGUCAUCCUCACCGGGGAGUACAUCAGCAAGGAUGGCGUUCCAUACUGCGAGUCCGACUACCACUCCCAGUUUGGCAUUAAGUGUGAGACCUGCGACCGAUACAUCAGCGGCAGGGUCUUGGAGGCAGGAGGGAAGCACUACCAUCCAACCUGUGCCAGAUGUGUACGCUGCCACCAGAUGUUCACUGAAGGAGAGGAGAUGUACCUCACAGGUUCUGAGGUUUGGCACCCCAUCUGUAAACAGGCAGCCCGGGCAGAGAAGAAGUUAAAGCAUAGACGGACAUCUGAAACCUCCAUCUCACCCCCUGGAUCCAGCAUUGGAUCACCCAACCGAGUCAUCUGCGCUAAAGUGGAUAAUGAGAUCCUUAAUUACAAAGACUUGGCAGCUCUCCCCAAGGUUAAGUCCAUCUACGAGGUACAACGCCCUGACCUCAUUUCCUACGAGCCUCAUUCCCGAUACACGUCCGACGAGAUGCUGGAGAGAUGUGGCUAUGGAGAGUCGCUGGGAACCUUAUCUCCCUACUCUCAGGACAUCUAUGAGAACCUGGACCUCCGGCAGAGACGGGCCUCCAGCCCAGGAUACAUCGACUCCCCCACAUACAGCCGGCAGGGAAUGUCUCCCACCUUCUCCCGUUCACCCCACCACUACUACCGCUCUGCUGGAGAAAGUAACAUCUACCGGAAACCCCCGAUCUACAAGCGACAUGGUGAUCUGUCUACAACAACCAAGAGCAAAACAAGUGAAGACAUCAGCCAGGCCUCCAAGUACAGUCCAGCUUACUCGCCAGACCCCUACUAUGCCACAGAGUCUGAGUACUGGACCUACCAUGGGUCCCCUAAAGUACCCCGGGCAAGAAGGUUCUCAUCUGGAGGAGAGGAGGAUGAUUUUGAGCGCAGCAUGCACAAGCUCCAGAGUGGCAUUGGUCGGCUGAUUCUGAAAGAGGAGAUGAAGGCCCGGUCAAGCUCCUAUGCAGAUCCCUGGACCCCUCCUCGGAGCUCCACCAGCAGUCGGGAGGCCCUGCACACAGCUGGCUACGACAUGUCUCUCAAUGGUUCCCCUCGGUCACACUACCUAGCUGACAGCGAUCCCCUUAUUUCCAAAUCUGCCUCCCUGCCUGCCUACAGAAGAAAUGGGCUGCACAGGACACCCAGCGCAGACCUCUUCCACUAUGACAGCAUGAACGCAGUCAACUGGGGCAUGCGAGAAUACAAGAUCUACCCUUAUGAACUUCUGCUGGUGACCACAAGAGGGAGAAACCGACUGCCCAAGGAUGUAGACAGGACCCGCUUGGAGCGCCACCUGUCCCAGGAAGAGUUCUACCAAGUCUUCGGCAUGACCAUCUCUGAGUUUGAUCGGCUGGCCCUCUGGAAGAGGAAUGAGCUCAAGAAGCAAGCCCGGCUGUUCUAGGCAGAGGCUCUAUAAAUAUAUAUAUGCAUUUCUAUAAAGAUAUCUGUAAAUUCUCAACACGGAAGCUAGGUGUAACCCUCUCUUGUGUAACGGGCCAUGCUGCCUGCCAGAGACUCACUUUCUGUAUUGUCAGGCAAGCUCACAUCAUCAAGGUAUUUUUAUGCUCCUUACUUCCUCUUUUCUAAGUGCUGUUAGACCUGGGAAGGGAUUUGAGGGGACUCUGUCCUUUGACAGAGUAUCCUUUUUAUAUUGAAACAGCUGUCCUUCCUAACUUGAGUCUCCUAAGGUCCAACUCUUGUUCCUAGAUAAGGUGCCUAGAGACGCCUCUUUCCUCUCUGCUUCUCAGCCCUUUGCCCAAGGCCCCAGGGCUGAUGCUGACCUUACUGGCCCCAGCGGGGCCCUCCCACAGGAGGAUCCACAGUGACCUCCAAAACCACUGAGCACCUUGGAGAUCCCAAGAAUUUUCUCAACAUCCCCAGUUAGGAGCUCAGCACUCUCUGCGGAUGACACAGAUGGAAGUGUGAGCCUCAAAUUCACUGGCUACUCCAAUAAAGAGAAGUGGCUAGGAGUCAUGCAGCUCUGGCUUCUCCUUAGCUCUUCAUCCCUCCCACUUCUGCCCUUGACCCCAACCUCUCCUUUAUCCAAAUCCAGAACCCAUGGUAGGAAAAGAAAAAAGGCACUUCCCUUCCCUCCAUCAUUUCCAAAUGGCCCCCUCUGCCUGGCCUGGACUUGGAGAAUCAGAACAAAGGAGAGGGAGUUGGACAUGGGAGACAGAGCCUGGCACCUGUUGGAAUCUGAGCUGUAGGGACCUCCUGGGACCUCCUCUCCUUCACUGCUCCCAACACUUCCCCACCCUUGGCCCUUUCAAGGAGAGGCCCACUACAGCAGUCUGUAUUCUUCAGCCUUAUUACAAUCUAUGUGCCUGACAACUCAACACCACAGGGCUAUGUUCCCACCUUAGCUCCCAUCCAAGGACUAGACAAGCUACUCUCACCAUGGUUUAGUGGAAGAUGAAGCCACAUCCAA